UCCGCAGGCCCCGCCUCCUCUGCUCCGCGAUCCUCCUCGCGGCUCCGGGGUGCACUGAAGAUGGCGGCCACGGUGGGAAGGUUGCUGCGGGCUACGGCUGCCCGACACAUGAGCGCCAUCUCUGCCUCUGCAGCCCUUCGGCCUGCUGCUUCUCGAAGAACGAGCUUGACAAGUGUGUCGUGGUCUGCUUCCAGCCAAGCAAAAUUUGCCUUUAGCACCAGUUCCGCAUACCAUGCCCCGGCCGUCACCCAGCACGCUCCCUACUUUAAGGGCACAGCCGUUGUCAAGGGAGAGUUCAAAGAACUAAGCCUUGAUGACUUCAAGGGGAAGUACUUGGUGCUUUUCUUCUAUCCUCUGGAUUUCACCUUUGUGUGUCCCACGGAAAUCGUUGCUUUCAGCGACAAGGCCAACGAGUUCCGAGACGCGAACUGUGAGGUGGUGGCCGUCUCCGUGGACUCCCACUUCACCCACCUCGCCUGGAUCAACACGCCGAGGAAGAGCGGCGGCUUGGGCCCCAUGAACAUCGCGCUGCUGUCGGACCUGACCAAGCAGAUCUCGCGAGACUACGGCGUGCUGCUGGAAGGCCCUGGGCUCGCGCUGAGAGGUCUCUUCAUCAUUGACCCCAACGGAGUCAUCAAGCAUCUGAGUGUCAAUGAUCUCCCGGUGGGCCGAAGCGUGGAAGAGACCCUCCGCCUGGUGAAGGCAUUCCAGUUCGUGGAAACCCAUGGAGAAGUCUGCCCAGCAAACUGGACCCCGGACUCCCCUACGAUCAAGCCACAUCCGACUGCUUCCAAAGAAUACUUUGAGAAGGUGAAUCAGUAGAUCAUCCCGUGCGUACCUGCAGCUUCUCAAAAGAACCACAGUUGGAACUCUUAGCAUUUCAAAGAUGAUUAUGUGUAGAAGGCAAGAAAGCAAUUAUGCUUGCAUUCAUAAACAUUACUCUAAAUGUUUUUGUACAUUGACUAAAGCUUUUUAAACAUAGUUAGUUACUAACAUGAGUCCUUUGUUGGUAACUCUUGAUGGCCAGCUGUGUAUAGACGGCCUGGCCCACCACCCGUUUCUUCAAUCACGUCUUCCAUGGGAGGCGCGCUUAGCCCUGCUUGAACCUUUGUGUGCCCCAGUGCCGGACAGGUACCAAAAGCCUCUGAGCAAGGGUCCUGGAAUUCUCUUCUCGAAUUUCUUUUUAUUAAACUGAAUUUUCUUUUGAGGUAACAAAGAUCAAGGGUCCUGAAAUUCUCUUCUCAAAUUUCUUUGUAUUGAACUGAAUUUCCUUUUGAGGUAACAAAGAUCAUAGUUUUAAGUUGUUAGCAUCAGCAGUCUAGUUUAAAUUCAGCUCUUGGAGCGGAGAUAUAUGAUGUAACAAAUGUGAAUCAUGUAUUUAAAAAAAACACAAUGGCAAAGUGACUUCACCGGCCAUGCAUGUUGCUCGUCCCUGAGAUUUGUAGUUUGUGUAAUUUUAUUUGUUAGCUGACUUGGUGUCUACAUACAUUUCUAAAGAUCAGUCGAAGGUGAUUAUAGGGGAUAUUUAUUGAAUCCAUGGAUUGCAUUUUGAAAUCAAUGUAAUUAUAUUUUCUGAAGCACUCAAUGUAAAGUAUAUAAUAAAAAUAAACAUUUUAAAAUA